AUGGCGCUCGGCCGCGUCCCCGACGAGCCUUACCAGGGCUUCGUCGCCGACGGCGUCGACGUGUACGCCGCGCGGCCGGAGGCGCUCCCGUUCCCGCGCUGCAACAGGGGCCUGCACGACAAGGUCUGGGACUACUACUUCACCACGCGGCCCGCGGCGGUGGGAGGAGGAUCCGGCGUGGGGGGCGGCAGCGAGGACGACGUCCGGGACGUGGCAGCUGGUGGGUGCUGGCGGCGGUACGGCGCCGAGAAGGAGUACGUCGGCGACGACGGGGAGGUCUACGGGUUCCGCCGCAGGUUCGCGUUCCACGAGGCCGGGGACCCCGGCAAGAAGACGGUGUGGAGGAUGGAGUUCCGCCUCAACGAGGCUCCGCCCGCCUUGCGCGGCGUCGUGCCGUCGUGUUCCACCCCAGCGCCAAGGGACUGGUGA